AUGGGUUGCGGAGAUCAGGCUGCGCAAGAACUGAACCAGGCUCUGGUUGGGUACCUUCGACACCGCUGA